GCGUUGGGUCGCUUAUGCUCAUUAGCCUCACUAUUGAUGUCACAAUCUGGCAAAAUGGAGGUGGAAUUUGCCAAACGAGUUCGCUAACAAACGAGAUACUAGCUUGUUAAAUUUCACACCUGGUAGAAGGCCGCAGAAAGCCAUCCAAGAGUGAAUUUCCUGUAAUUUGUCAAUACGUAAUGUGAAGUUAUAAGCAAAUUGUACACAAUGUCGCAGUACAGAGUGUUCUCCCAAGCUUAUUCUGUUGUGGUUUGGAGCCGGAGUGAAGUGGAAAACAGCAACAAUGGAAGGAAAUCCCCACUGGGACCUUGAUAGCCAGCGGAGUCACCAGUGGUGGACGCUUUAUAUUUAUGAACCGGCUUCAAUAUUUUCGGACGCAUAUUUGAUGAAGGGAAAAUCGCUAGAAAAGCAUCAGAUAAAACAAAAAAGUCACCGUGGGGAGGGUGGUGGUGGUGGGGGGAGCGGAUUGUUUCGUCAAGGAGGCGAUCGAUCCAGAGGAAACGACGCCAAAGGGAAACAGCGCUACGUAGAUAAGCUAUGCUAAUUUUAAAAGAGGGGGAAGGAAGCGUGACUGCCAAGUUUCCUCCAGACCGACUGGACAAAGUCGUGCAAGAAGCAGAAGCUGCUUGCUCUUAAAGGUCGGGGGGGAAAACGCUUUGCAAAGAUGGCCCAGAAUGAAACGCAUCCCCUUGUGGAAAUCCUCAAAUCCUUUAAUACGGGCGACAUGAUCCUGGCCUUCUGCUUGUCGGUGCUGGUGGGCCUGCUUCUGGGCGCUCUGGUUUACGUCCUGCUGACGUGGGCGUCCCGCCGCCGAGCCACCGCCCUCAUCACCCGACGCUCCCGCAAGAAACCCGGCAAAUCUUCGCGCUCCCAAAUCCCGCCGGACGGCCAGCUGGGCCUCUACCGGAGCACUUUCCUCGGUGUCUACCGCCAGCCCUCGCUGGAGCCGGUGGGGCCGCUGGGGAGCAAACCGGGACCGGAAACGUCCACGUUUCGACCUGUGCCCAGGAAAGGCAGUCUGGAGAUGGGGGAGGACACCCGGGUGAGCCCGCCCGAGGACUCGGCCGAUUCGGCGGCACUGGUUCCCGACAAGCGCCACUCCUUCUGGCUGGGCGGGAACGGACUCAAGGGGUUCCUGCCCUCGCAGACGCCGCCGCCCGCCUACAACAGCAUCAUCCACGCUUUCCAAGAGUCCUGCACUUGAAGCCAGCCACAGCCAAGUUCUCAAGACUUUGGAGAUUCUAUCCGAAGGAAGAGUUGUUUUCAAGACCCUGUGAAGUCAAUUCAGAGAUUUUAUCUCUAAAUACAGCAUUUUGGGGGGCCGGGGGGGGGGGCGUCGAUACAAGGGACAGGAUUUAAACUGAACGACAUGUUUUUAAAACUGCCAUAAGAACAGCCCCCGCUAGCUUUAUGCUAACAUAUAGUGGAAAAGACCAUGACAUGCUCACAGUUAGCAUUAAUAGAGGCCAUUUUACAACACUUUGAGCAACAGAUAUUUGAACAGAAAUGUUCGAACAGAUCACCAAAUAUUCACAGGCAUAAUAUGAAAAAUGGCCAGCAUGACAGCAAUUGACUGAGUCAUAGCAGAAGAAGUCGAUUCUCCCUCGGUUGUGUCUGCAUGGUCGCGUUAUAAAAUACUGCCUCCUGGUGGCCAAAGCGGGCACACCGGAAGGAGCACCACAGCAUUAAAUCAUGAUGCACCCACUCUUUCAUGUUUUACAUUCUAUUUAAUUUGUUCUUACUCCGUUUUUCAUAAAAUACAAGAAUAUAGAGUUUUAAUUUCCCUUAUUAUGAACAACGAAACCAAAAAUAGGAUUUUGGGCUAGAAUGCAUUAAUGGCAUUUCCAUUCAUUCCAAUGGGGAAAGGUGACUUGAGAUAUGGAUUUUUUUGAGUGUAGGCAUUGAACGACUGAAACUUAAGGAUCUCAAGGAACCAUUGUAUGUUAUACAUGUAUAAAAAUAAAUUCUGAAAGGACUGA